CAAUCAUGGAGUCCCGUCCGCAAGCAGCAGCAGCAGCUCGAGAGCGUCCACAUCUGCAUUCACUGUAGAACGCAAAGUCUCCAGAUCAGAGGGAGUUCUUUGAUCUGCUAUCCACGGAUGUUUCUGUUUUUGUCUCAAACCUUGUUUGCUACCAGAAUAUUUUAUUUCCCAUUCCCGGUGAAACCUCACCCGAUAUUUGCUCCCUGGCAUUCAUUCUGUUGGGAGGUAUAAUUUUCUUAAUUAUAUAAAUACUCGAUGCUGAGAAAUCGGUUUUCAAGUUGGGAUUUCUUGUGCUUGGAGCUUGCUUUAGGUAUGUUAUUUUGCAUUGGUAGUAUGCGGGAUUGUAUUAUCGAUUCAUCUCUAGACCUCGGAUCUGAAAUUAUUUGUCCUAUGUGUGUGCAAAUCAAAACCUAGGGCUUUAUUUCCUUAAAAUAUUAUAGUAGACUGCUGCUUCUACAACUGGCUCAGCGAUACAAGAAGAAGGUAAAAGAGAAAGCAAAAUGAUGCCUUCACAGGAAGCCUCCAAGCUUUACCAUGACAACUACAUGCGAAACUCCAGAGCGAUUGGAGUGUUAUGGGCAAUCUUUACCAUAUGCUUUGCCAUUAUAAAUGUGGUGGUGUUUAUCCAGCCUUACUGGAUUGGGGACAGUGUCAACACCCCCCACGCCGGCUAUUUCGGCUUGUUUCACUACUGUGUGGGAAACGGCAUGUCGAACCGGGAGCUCACCUGCCGGGGUACCUUCACCGAUUUCAGUUCCAUUCCAUCGAGCGCGUUCAAGGCAGCCUCCUUCUUCGUGCUGCUGUCCAUGGUGCUGAUCCUGGGUUGCAUCGCCUGCUUUGCUCUCUUCUUCUUCUGCAACACGGCGACUGUCUACAAGACCUGUGCGUGGAUGCAGCUUCUCUGUGCUGUUUGCUUGGUCCUGGGCUGCAUGAUUUUCCCCAACGGCUGGGACUCGGAGGUGGUGCGGGACAUGUGCGGGGACGAGACGGACAAGUACAUCCUGGGGAACUGCUCAGUGCGCUGGGCUUACAUCCUUGCCAUCAUCGGCAUCCUGGACGCCCUGAUUCUCUCCUUCCUCGCCUUUGUGCUGGGGAACAGGCAAAACGAUCUGCUGCAGGAGGAGCUUACGACUGACAACAAAGAUUUCACUAUUACUGGGAGGAUCUAAUGAUAGAUUGAUGUCCAGGAUCAUAGACCAUCAAAGUUGGAUUUCAUGGAGACCCCACCCCGACCCCAACACCUUCUCUCUACCAAUCUCUGUCUCCUCACUCCGGGAUUAAACACUAUGACAAACUACCUUUAUAUUUAUAAACACAAUUCCUCUGGAAAACAGCUUGGUUUUAUUUAUGUAUUGUUUUCUAGUUUGGACUACAAAACGAAACAAUAUCAGAGACAUGUAAAUAUUGAGAAAAGAAGAAAUACCAUGUUCACAAGAUUCUUCAUCGGCACCCAGGUGCAAAACAUAUUUUUUUUGUACAGCACAAUAUGGUAUGAUUUUUUUGUUGUUGUUGCUGUUUAAGAAGAAACAGACUGUAACAUCUCUUUCAUAUUUGUAAAUGUAAAUGGACACCUAAAGAGUUAUUUAAGAGAAAAAAUAUUCUAAAAGCAAAACAGGGUAAGAGACAUAAACCAUCUUUCAUUCAAGUGGCUUGCCAGGUCGUUUCUAAUUAACCUUUUAUAUACAUAAAAAUGUUUAACACUCCUGGGAUGCCUUGCAAUAGACCCACAAGAGCACGGUGUUCAUUAGAGCUUAAUGAACCAGCCCUGCAAGUGGUGUUUAAUUAUUGUACACCCUUCCACUUGAAGCAGUUGCUGAGAUUCCAUGCAUCUUGAUUGUAGAAUUCAGAUGAAGACUUAAAAAUGCGUGCAAAUAGCAGGGGGUGGCUUUUAUACAUGUCUGUUAGGAUAAUAGCCCUGCAUGCUGCAAACUGCUUUGACAAGAAAAAACACAAUCUUUCUGAAAGCGCACUUAAUCUAUGCCAGUCCUGAGAUAUGCAGUUACAGAGUUAUCAUUGCUGCUAAAUGCAACUGAAAACAAGAUGUCACAUGCUAUGCGUGUCAUUCCAGGUGCUGGCAGUAAAUUCAGUGCAGUUUUUCAAACAUUCUUUGGAAGGUGGUUUUUAAUAAAAGCACACGUGUAUAUUUCUCUUUUGCUGAAUACAUUUAAGGGCUUUAAACUAUUACAUUCAUUUAGGGAACCUUAAAUACAAUGCUCAAAUUAUUUUUUUCAGCAGCCCUUUAUGGGAAAAAAAUAUUUUCUUAUAGGGCUGUGCAGCUGCUCAUAUUUUCCAGGUAAUUCCCUUGAAUAUGUUUAAAGUUGGCAGGUUUUAAUUAAAAACAAAAAGUUAAACCUGUUAAAAAAUACGUUAAUUGCAAAACACAAAAUGCAAUCAACACAUUACUAAGUGCCAAUGACAAAAAGGCAAUGUGAGUUAAUAUAACAUGGUGUGAUAACAUGUCAGAAACUAUUAAAACCAUAUUUAAAACUAAUGUUGUAUCUGUAAUUUGAUAUAGAAUCAAUGUUCUUUUGAUUUUAUAAUAAUAUUUCACUUGCAUUCAACACAUGAAUUGAGAUGGAAGUUUAUUAGACAUUGGACAGGAGUCACUGAAACUGCUGAAUUAUUGGAAACAAGCCUGGGCCUAAGUGAAGUGUUAUUAACAAUCAAAAGAAAAUUGAUUUUAUAUCAAACGGAGGAAACAAAGGUAAGACUAUAAUGUGAGUGGUUUUAAAAGAUUAGGUUGUGACAAGCUAUUGGAUACUUCUAAUUCACACUGCUAGUCCUAUUAUCAUUGAUUGAUACUUAAUGUGUGGACUGUAAAUGACAGAGAAAGUAUAACAUCAUGUUUUGCAAUACCAGGUUACAAUUACUCUCUGCUGGCUUAAAACAUGUUAAAGGGAAUUACGUGAGAAAUAUGAAUAUCUGCGCAUGCUAUAUAUUAGCACACAAUGAAUGACUCCCAUCAAUCAAUCCUACUACCUGGGAACAGGCAGUGGGAGUAUUGAAAACAACGCUCUGCUUCUAUAUGAAGCUAAAAAAAAAUGACUUGGAUAUGUAACAUUAUAAACAGGCAGCAAACCUUAAAUAUGAUUUCUUCUUAAAGACACCAUACAAUGAAUAUGAUAAAAAAUAAGUACCCUUGUCAUGGAGCAUUAACAAGCAAAAGAUUUCCAUUAAUGUUUUAGAUUUUUGCUUUCAAAAACAGAACAGGAUUGACUAUCAUGGAAAAAAAAAUCUUUGACCAUAAAUGUUGAUAGUAUUUAAACACGUAUUUCAUCUGCAACUUUCAAAUCAAAAGAUAUUCAGCACAGCAGUAAAAUAAACGUGUCCAAAUGUGUACACAAUAGUGACCAGUAAACAGUUAAAGAACAAUACAGGAAAUAAGUGGCAGCACUAUGCAGUCACUCUUUGGAGUAAACUGCACUUGAUAAUGUAACACCUCAAAUAAUACAAAACACCUCAGUCAGAUUUAAUUUUCACCUCUGAAGCAUGUAGAAGUGUUAGUGAACACCUGUUAACUUGUGCUGUAUUAUAUUCUCACUUGCUGAUGCCAUCUCCUGUGUAAGCUCUAUAUUUGAACUCCAUCUCUGCACAUACGCUUCCUAUUUCUCUUCGCUCUGAACCACAAAGUGGAUAAUGAGUCUCAAACUGCAACCCAACUUAACAAUGCCAGGUAACAUUUACCUUUGUGUUGAAACUAUUGUGUGGUUUUCUGGCUUGCAUGUGUGCUUUGUUACAUCACCAACUAACGACCGAUUACAAAUUAAAUGCGACAGAUACUUAAAGAUAUAUAGAAUGCAGUUUAACAAAUUUUGCGUUGCCUCAACCCACAACCGCACCUAAAUCACUGCCUGGAAAUGACAUAUUACACAGGCAGUGUACUCACGUUUGAGAAUUGCAGAAAGUGGUUGGAAAUUCUUUAAUAUUUGCUUCAAAAUGCACUUUUAAAAUACAUUUCUCUACAGAGAAGCGUGAGCACUAGAGCCCUUUUCAAACUGACACUCCUACCUAGGUCCGGACCUCAGUCCUGUCUAACAAUUCCGCGUAGUGUGAAACCACGUAUCGGGUUUGGACCUGGGUUAACCCGGGUCCCAGU